CCUAGUGAUGGUGUGGAACUGAGGUGUGCCUUGAUACCUCACUAAUACUCCGUGGUGCAUACUCCCAACAUGUUACUAAUCAUAUUUUCGUGCCUUCUUACAUUAUCCGCAGCGAAUGUCCAGAACAUCACUCAAAGCGAAUUUUCGGCUAAUGGAGUCCCAACCUUCCCGCAGCUUGCUUUGAAAUAUGGAUGGAACUGUGAAGAAUACGAUGUAGUGACAGAAGAUGGGUACAUCCUCAAAGUGUUCCACAUCACUGGAAAUGAGUCCAAGAAGCCCGUUCUGCUGAUGCACGGCAUCCUCGACUCAGCCGACUCGUACGUGAUCAGAGGCGAGAUAUCUAUAGCCAUAAACCUGGCAGAAGCAGGCUACGACGUGUGGGCGGGCAACGUCAGGGGGAACAAAUAUUCACGACGCAACGUGAACCUUUCGCCUGACAAGAAUAAGUACAGAUUCUGGGACUUUACUUUCCACGAAAUGGGCAUUUACGACCUGCCCGCUACAAUCGACUUCAUUUUGGCGAAAACAGGCAAGCAGAAGCUGUCCGCCAUUGGGCAUUCCCAGGGCACCACAAUGUUCUAUGCAUUAGGGUCUGUGAAACCAGAGUACAAUGAAAAAAUAUCAGUUUUCAUCUCAUUAGCACCCAUAGCUUACCUGAACGACAUAAGUACCUCUUUAAGGGGGCUAAUAAAACUGUGGCCAAUAAUUAAUGGCUUUUUCAUAGGCUUGGGUUACGAAGGAGUCCUGCAGGACCAGUCGGCUGGGAAUGAAUUAGUAAAAUUCCUGUGUACUCUAGGAGAAAUAGGCUACGAUCUAUGCGUGAAGGGCGUCCUGGCCUCCCUGGCGGGAGAGGACUCGGAGCAGUUGGAGCCAGAGUUCUUGGACGUUUUGGUGGAUCACUACCCAGCUGGCACCUCGCGGAAGGCUUUUUCGCACUACGUCCAAAUCUCAAAUAGCGGUCGCUUUGCGCAGUACGAUUAUGGUACAUUAAAGAACAUGAUUUUGUAUAAGAAGGCAACUCCUCCUGCUUAUGAUUUAUGGAAAGUGACGAUGCCCACAGUCCUCCUGGCGGGAAAAAAUGACGGAGUUUCAGGGAUUAAAGACGUGGAGCGACUGAGGGACGAGCUCGGGAACGUGGUGCGCUACCACGUCAUGGAGCGCGAGAAGUUUAACCACGUUGAUUUCGUUUGGGGGAAAAAUAUGAACGUAUAUAUGACCCCUCUUUUGAGGGAUUUGCUACGCGAAUUUGCCUGAGUGAUUAAAAAUCAAGUUUCUACCCUGGGUUGUUUGUAUGGAGUUGGACAGACUUUUAUUAUAGCUAAUGUAAGAUGGUGCACCUCAGAAUAUG